UGGGUUCUUGUGUGUGUCGUAGCUGUUCAACGAGCUGCUGCAGGAUCAGGGUCCACAUUUGGAUCGGACCUCAUCCCAUGUGAGUGGCAUCAAGGAGCUGGCUCGGCGUUUCGCCCUCACUUUUGGUCUUGAUCAGAUCAAGACCAGAGAGGCCGUAGCUACAUUGCACAAGGAUGGUAUAGAGUUUGCAUUUAAGUACCAGAAUCCUCGAGGACCUGAGUUUCCUCCUAUAAAUCUGGCUUUCCUGGAGGUCCUGAGUGAAUUCUCUUCCAAACUAAUCCGCCAAGACAAGAAGACUGUCCACUCGUACCUGGAGAAGUUCAUGUCGGAGUCCAUGUCAGAGCGUCGCGAGGACGUGUGGUUGCCGUUGAUCUCCUACAGGAAUAGCCUGCUGACAGGAGGAGAUGAAGACCACAUGUCUGUCACCUCGGGCUCCAGCAGCAAACCUGGCUCAGUCCGCAGCAAGAAGGGCCGGCCGCCACUGCACAAGAAACGCAUAGAGGAAGAGACCAGUGUCGAGGGCUCAUGGAUGAUGCGUAAUGACACCCUGCAGACACCAGGGGCACUGCAGACUCCUCAGCUCACCUCAACAGUGCUCAGAGAAAACAGACCGGCAGAACACAUGCCAGACCCGGACUCAGAGCCCGGUUCGGAGAACGACUACGUGCACAAUCCUCAGAUGCAGAUGUCGUGGCUCGGCCAGCAGAAGAUGGAGGAAGUGAACAGGAAGGACCGGACGAGCAUGAACUACAUCAAGUCACGCAGCAAUCAGGGGGUCCGGCAGACUGUUCGUGGCCUAAUGGAGGAUGACGCAGAGCCCAUCUUCGAGGAUGUGAUGAUGUCAUCACGAGGUCAGCUGGAGGACAUGAACGAGGAGUUUGAAGACACGAUGGUCAUCGACCUGCCUCCAUCUAGGAACAGACGCGAGCGAGCAGAGUUAAGACCAGACUUCUUUGAUUCUGCAGCAAUGAUCGAAGACGAGUCUGGUUUCACCAUGCCCAUGUUCUGAUCUGUGCAAGAGGCAAAAACCCUGAGACCACGAUCAACAACAGGCAUGAACAGAAGCGUUUUGGGGACAUUUGACCCAGAUUAGCUGCCAGUCAGACUCUUAAGAAGAAAAACAUUGAAGUACUUUUCUCUUCCUGUAAGACACAAUGCAAAGAUGUUUGUAAAGAUGGUCUUCUGGUGGAUGUUGGAGCUUCCUUGGAAUCCUUAAAUGUAGAUCCACUCGACUCUGUGAAGCAGGCCGGAGGAUGCAGAUUCUCCACAAUCCACUUAUUCCAGAGCUUCAUCCUGCUCCUGUUCUUCCGGUUUAGCUGAGGGCAUUGUGGGUCUGUAAUCCUGCAGCCGGCCCAUGAGUGCUCCAGCUUUCCUGAUUCCCUGUUCUGCAGAUGUACAGCUGUUUGGUAACGCUGUCCAGCCCCGCCCACUUAGGUUUGCUGUUGCACUUCGACCCGUCUGGUUCCAUCCUGCACAGAGAGGACCUGAAACCUAAAUGUUCUCCGUCUCUGCACUUCUGACCAUCUUCGGACACCUCCCUCCUCUCUGACCACGGCUGAACAGUCACACAUGCACGCAAAAUUCCGCAACUGUAGGCCGACUAACAGGAAGUGAUGUAACCGUCUUGUGUGUGUGUGCGUGAUGUUAAGGCAAACGAGUGUUGUCAUUUGAUGAUUGUGUGACAGUGAGCCACGCCCCUGACCUCAAACAAACACCCCGCCCUCUUGGAAAUAUUCUUCACACUCCUCCGAAUGACAGCUUUUUGAAAUAAAAGGUUUAAAAGAGAAACAUAUUUUGAAUCCUGUAGCUUUAGUACUGAUGUUUUAAAUCAAGUGUGAUUUUUGGUUUCAUCUGUUUGUACAGCUUUUUCUUGGAAUAUGUAUCUUGUUCGUUGCCAAAUUGUGGCCUAAAUUCUAAUAUUCAAACCCCACCUGUAACUCACAUCUAAAGGUUACCAUGCUCAGAUUGUUGCUAUGGGAUACCAGCUUUUAAGCGCUGUAUGGUCUGAUUGUAAUUGUUUAAGUAUUAUUACGACAGAUUUUCUCUUUAGGUUCAGUCACCUGCUGUGGUUUGUUCAAUAUUCCAGGUUAAACUAAGUUUCUACACUUGCAAAGCGUUAGCAGGCACAGCAAACGAUUUGUCGUUAUCCGUGUUCAUAUCCAGUGCAGUGACGAGUCUGAUGGAUUUGUUUGAAUGUGUCCAGCCAGCUUUUUAAUCCACCCACUGUUUAAUCGUUUUUAAACAUUUCCCGUUGGCUGGCUUAGCAGUCCUCCUGUAAAUAUCAGAGACAAUGGGAUCUUUCUGCAGUGCAGUUGACAUCAGUUGCUCUAAAAGCCUGUUUUUUUUUUUUUUUCUUUUCCUGUGACCUUUAAAAUCUUUUUAAUAAAAUAAAAUCUGUACUCCGUU